AAAAAAAUCCGCGACCUUGCUACCAAUUUCGAUUGCAACUAACGACACAAGUCUAUGUUGCACUUUCUGUGCCAUUUUUUUUUUAGUUUGAUGGAUCGUUCCAGACAGCUUGUAAAUUUUUUCGCAUUUGGUGAACGUAGGUUGUUACCAAAAGGGUGUUGUUGGUAUAAAAGAUGUGGUAAGCGCUAUUGCAAUCCAGUGUGCUUUCGAGCUUUGGUUAAGUGGUACUUGUGGUUUGAACAUGUUCGCAAAGAUAAUUCCGAUUGCAGCCUUGCUAGGUUCUAUCCAAGCAGGAUAUUUGACUGCACCUGCUGCUAUCUCUCAUGGCAUCUCAUUGGCCCCAGCUUAUGCGGCACCAGCCUAUGCAGCACCAGCUGUUGUAAAGGCUGCUCCAGCUGUAGAUUAUGUCGCUUACCCCAAAUACGAAUUCAAAUACGGAGUUGCAGAUGGUCAUACAGGAGAUCAGAAAACCCAAAGCGAAGAACGAGAUGGAGACAUCGUCAAAGGCUCCUACUCCCUUGUAGAACCCGAUGGCACUAUCAGAACUGUGUCUUAUACAGCUGAUGAUCACAAUGGAUUCAAUGCAGUAGUCACACGUGCUGGUCAUGCUGCUCAUCCUGCAACUCCAAUUGCUGUAGCCCAGAAGGUUAUCGCCGCCCCUGCUUAUGCACCAGUUGCACUUGGACAUGGCUAUGCUGCCAGCCCAUUGGCAUAUUAUAAAGGCUAGAGCUCAUUAAAAAACCUAUCGAAACAAAAGUACACCACCUAUAUAACAGAAGUGUGCGAAAAAGAAAUGAAUAAUACAUAUUUAGAUCGAAAUUUAAAAAUUGCAAACUUAAUUUCACGAAUUCUAGAAUUUGCUAUGAAAUUCGAAUUGCUUCGAAUCGACGAUAUCUGAACUCAUAUUGAGAAUGUAAUCUCGAGAUAUCGUUCAUUUCACUUCCACAUUUCUGUUGUACUGAAUUAGUUAUUCUAAUGGUGUAUGUGAUAUUUGUCAAGCUGCAUAAUAGUAUACAACUUAUUUAUUCUUAGGUUUUGUUCAAUGUGCACGUUGACUGACCGUUUUGCCAAAUGUUCUCAUCUCGUUUUAUCUAUCGCUUCCUUGUUGUGUAUAUAUUUUUAUCAUUUUAUUAUUAUUGCGUGUUUGUUCUCAUUUCUUCGCCAUAAAGUAUGUUUGAUUUGUCAUAA